AUGAGCGACAGCACACAGUUGAGGGACAGGGACUCGACCCCAGUUCCUUCAGGAAGCUCGGUCCAACCACCACGCAAAUUUCGCCGGUUUCUCAGAAAGGUCCAAGAUGGUGUAACAAGGAAGAUUUCUGCUGAGAUCAUACAGAAGCGCUCGAACAUUAAUAAUUUGCGCAGCGACGAGCCUGAGGUUCAGGAUGCUCCAUCUGGCAUGGAAAAAGCUGCUGAUCCCAAAUCGGCACUUCAACGCGCCAAAGAGGCUGUCAAAGGGAUGAAAUUACUUUCGAAGCCUGUGCAAUCUGCAGUAUCUACCACCCAAAAUGCGUCGGGGGAUCUCGAGGAUGCAUAUAAUUUCCAGGACACAUAUCUCAAACCCCUCAGGAUAUUCGACAAUGUUAUCGGGAAGCUCGCGGAUGUACAUCCAUAUGCAAAGAUUGCACUGGGCAUCUUGUCUUGCGCUUCAAAAAUGGUCAUCGCCCAAGCGGAUCGUGAUCAAGCGGUCCAUCGUCUCAUCGACAAGUUGGACCAAGUUUAUAAAUUCAUGAUGCAGGACGAGACACUUCGCCAUAUUUCAUCGAUGCGUGGUAUAGUUGGUCAGAUUUCUCAGCAGACCCUCGAAUGCGCCCGCUUCAUCAGAGAUUAUUCAGAGACCAAGAACUUUUGUGAGUCUUCAAGCUGUCGCACGUUCCACAUGCUCAGUCUUCUAUUGUAA